AUGGCACAGAUCAAGCAUAUCGCUAUCGCCACUAACGACGCGGAAAAGACGGCCAAGUUUUAUUCCGAGGUGUUCGGACUUCGUCAAGUCGCUCAAUUGGACGGGGAAAACGCCAAAGGUUUCAUGCUGAGCGACGGCAACAUCAACAUGGCUAUCCUGGACUUCAGGUCUGAUGCGGUCGCCGGAGAGCGGGGCAAGGACUGGGAAGGCAUCCAUCACAUUGGCUUCGAGGUAGAGAGCCUAGAGGACAUCGAGAGGCGGUUGGCUGACGCCAACUCCAAGCCGAUGGAAGAGGUCAAUACUGCCCUGCACGCCGGCAACACCGGCCCCCGCCAUCAGAACGUCGAAACCAAGUACGAAGGCCCCAAUGGCGAGAUGAUCGACGUCUCCCAGGUCGGUUGGGUGGGCACGCGGGGUCUUGACUAG